CGUCACUUGUCAGGCAACACACGGCGCUGCCAGACGCUCAGGUGGAGUUGUGGGGUGAGGGUGAAAAAUGCAUCCACUGACUCGAACCUGCAACUUCCCUCCCCAUUGGCAGCCAGGAUGCGGAUGCUGGGCCUGAGCGUGUGGUUGUUCCUCAACCUGGUGUUCCUGGGCAUGGGCUCUUACCUGUACCUGCUGUGGGUUCAGUAUUGGCGGUACGCUCGAACCUCCCAAAUGUCCCGCUCCCAGGAUGCCUCUUUGGUUGAGGGUAAGGGGGAAGAUGACCCGGAGCCCAGGCCAGGCAAGCCAAGGUUCCACUCCAACCUCGUGCCGCCCAACCUCCCGCCCCUGUCCCGCCCCUCGCCCCCGCCGCCACCCACCACUACGCCCACCCCACCCACAGUUCCGCCCACUACCCGCGAGCAGCUGCUUCAGGAGAUACAGCGCCACAAGGUCGACAUUUUUGUACGCCUCCGAAGACUGCAGAAAGAAAGAGGCAGUAUAUUGGUGAAGCAUGAGAAUCGUUACGAGGUGCUGUACAAAGGGCGGCGGCGGCGAGGUCCCGGCCCCAUCACCGGCCACGAGCUGCUGUGUGCCCUGCGGGAGGCUGGGGUGCGGACGCUGCGAGACGGGGACGAGCCCUUUACCUCCCAGGGCGUCUCCAAACAUUUUCCUAGCACUGGGCUUUUGGAGGGGAGGCAUUUCAACACGUGCGUCGUGGUGUCCAGCGCGGGAAGCAAUAAGGGGUCUCACCUCGGAAAUUUCAUUGACUCUCACGAUGCAGUUGUUCGCUUCAACGACGCCCCGACUGUGGGGUUCGAGGGGGACGUGGGUACGAGAACCACGCUCCGGAUCGUCAACUCUCGGAUACUGGUGAAGCCUGAGUUUAAAUUCUGGGACUCGCCACUGUAUAAGGACGUGGCUGUGUUAGCAUGGGACCCUUGCCACUACUCCUGUGACCUGAACGAGUGGUAUAAAGCUCCUGAUUUCGACUUCUUCCCUGAGUACUUCCGCCGCCGCCUGAUGCUGCCGUACGAGGACCUCCACAUGCUGCACCCUGCUUCCAUGUGGAAUAUCUGGGACGUGCUGCAGCGCUACACUCCAGACUCCCGCCUCCUGCCCAACCCUCCCUCCACAGGUUUCCUCGGAAUAAUGCUAAUGUUGGCACACUGCGAGAGCGUUGACGUGGUGGAGUUUGUACCUUCUCUGAGGAUGACGGAGCAGUGCCACUACUGGCUGCCGUACAAUGACACAACCUGCACCUUCGGCGGCUGGCACCCCACCGACACCGAGAAGCUGACGACCCUCACGCUCAACUCCGCCGGGGACUAUGAUACCUACGCCCGAGGCUUUGUGAGGAUACCCGGCUUUAAAACUAUUGCUUGCCCGACACGCAGUCCCGCCAGGUAGUGAAGCCAUUUCAGCAGAAAUAUAAUUAAAGCCCUCUUAUUACAUGUACAUACGCAUCUACUGUUAUCUUACAGCAAGCUCUCACCCUCCUUGUUGGCUCCAGUGUUCCUUGAGUUUUCGCUCUGACAAUCAGUACAGCAUGCCGACGAGCGCCCAGCAAGGGACCCCACCUCGGAUGACAGGUGGAUGCCGCCCUCACGGGCUGUCUGUGACUAACAAAAUCCCACGGCUUGAUGAGCGUGUUUGCAUAUGUAUAAAAAAAAAAAAAAUGUCCGACUGCUCACCCCAUUAAGUGGAUACAGUGAUAGUGAUUAAUGCCUUCCAUACUGUGUGUCUCACUGGUGCGUAAUGCGGUAUGCUCUUCAGUUAUUCUUUUUGCCUUUUUUUUUUCUUUCCAAGUGGCUGUGAUUUAGUAUGAAUAUUCGACGCUGAUGCCAAACAACACUCAGGAGCGUUUCGACACUGCAAUGUCGUCUAUUGUUUACAAACAUGAUCUGCCAAGGUAGCCUGGAUGGUUUAUCCAUUUUAUUUAAGACUUUUAACAGAUAAUUGUGAAUUUUUGAAACCAGUUGGUAAGGUUGCUUAAUACCCAUGUUAUAAAGAAAGCAGCGUGAAUAUAUUGCAACUAAAUAAUGUUAAAUAAUUACGUACAGUAUUAUCACUGUUACAGUUAAAUGUUAUAGCCUUUAAAUAGGCUAAAUAUUGCUGUCUUAAUUCAAUAAAUGCGCAUUUAAUUAAACAUCUAGU